CUUCCUUUUCUGUGUCUUUCUCUUUCUUUCUUUCUUUCUUUCUUUCUUUCUUUCUUUCUUUCUUUCUUCCUUCCUUCCUUCCUUCCUUCCUUUCUGUGUCUUUCUUACUUUCUUUCUUCCUUCCUUUCUUUCCUUCUUUUUUCUCUCUUCCUUUCUUUUCUUUCCUCCUUUUUAUUUUAUUUUAUUUUUACCAGAGCUCUGCUCAGUUUGAGCUAAUAAUGGUUCUUGGGGGAUUGAAGGUGGGCCUUCAGAGCCUCAUGCAUGAAAUUGUCUGCAUAACCAUUAUGCCAUCUCCCAUUCCCAAGACCCCUUUAAAGAACUGAGAUGCAAAGAGAAGCUUGCUAGACAGCCAGGCCACCCUUUGCUUCCUUACUUUGCACUAGGUGAGUUCAAGCUGGCCUUCCUUCCCCAUAGGAGACAAGCUCCCUAUUAGAAACGUUUUAAUAGGAAGAACCAAGAACCACUGUGUGACUUCAGUUCAUAGGACUUAAAGACCUGUGGCAGCUGGACGUGUCAGCAUGCAGUCCUCCCUGCAAGCAGUGGUGCUUUGGGGCAAGAAGGCUCCUCAACACAGCGUCACUGCCAUCAUGAUCACUGAUGACCAGCAGACGGUGGUGACAGGGAGUCACGAGGGCCAGCUCUGCCUCUGGACUCUGUCACCAGAGCUGAAGAUUUCAGCUAAAGGACUUCUGUUUGGUCAUCUGGCUCCAGUCAAGUGUUUGGCCAGGGCGAGAGACUUCUCAAAACAACCAUAUGUUGUUAGUGCUGCUGAGAAUGGGGAGAUGUGCAUCUGGGAUGUCACCAGUGGACAGUGCGUGGAGAAGUCAACGCUUCCUUACAGGCACACGGCCGUCUGCUAUUACCACUGUUCAUCCCGGAUGACAGGAGAGGGCUGGCUUCUGUGCUGUGGAGAAUAUCAAGAUGUUCUUAUCAUUGAUGCCAAGACCCUGGCAGUCGUGCAUACUUUCACGUCAUCUCAGUCCCCAGACUGGGUCAGCUGUAUGUCCAUUGUCCACUCCAUGAGAAUUCAAGAGGACUCUCUCUUGGCGGUGUCCGUAGCUGGUGAACUCAAAGUGUGGGACCUCUCUUCAUCUAUCAACAGCAUUCAGGAAAAACAAGAUGUCUUUGAAAAGGAAUCUAAAUGGCUUGAUGCCCUGGACUGCCGGACAAUACGGUUUUGCAUGUAUACAGAGAGGCUUCUGCUAGUGGUGUUUUCCAAAUGUUGGAAGGUCUAUGAUUACUGUGACUUUUCCCUGCUGUGGACGGAAGCCAGUGGCCGCGGGCAGUUCUUUGCGGGUGGAGAGGUGCUCUCUGCUCACAGAGUGAUCAUCUGGACGGAGGACGGGCACGGCAGUAUCUACCAGCUGCUGAACAGUGGAGUCUCCAAAAGCAUGCACCCCGCUGAUGGAAGAACGCUCAAAGAGACCGUUUACCCUCAUUUACUGUGUUCCACUUCUGUGCAGGAAGACAAGCAGAGUUACCCCUAUGUUAUGGGCUACAUGAAUGAAAGGAAGGACCCUUUCUAUAAGGUACUUUUCUCUGGGGAAAUGUCCGGAAGAAUCACUUUGUGGCAUAUUCCUGAUGUCCCUGUGUCCGAGUUUGAUGGUUCCCCGAGAGAGAUCCCAAUAACUACUUCCUGGACCCUUCAGGACAGUUUUGACCAGCAUCACAUGUUGUCACAGAACACCACUAGCUGCUUCUCUGGAUUUCAAGAUGAGAUGGAGACUGUUGUGAUCACUUCAUCAGAGUAUGUGCCAACUCUUGAUAAACUCAUAUGUGGCUGUGAAGACGGGACCAUUUUUAUUAUACAGGCUUUGAAUGCUGCCAAAGUGGGACUUCUAGAAGGCAGUUCUUCCCUGAAAGAUUCCCAUUCUCAUAAAAUUCUGAAAGGCCAUCACCACUGUGUCACUUCACUGCUUUAUCCGCAUGGUGUCUCCUCAAAAUUAGACCAGAGUUGGAUGGUGUCUGGGGACCAAGACUCAUGCGUUAUCCUGUGGGAUAUCUUUACUGAAGAGAUCUUGCAUAAAUUCUUUUUGGAAGCUGGUCCAGUAACAAGUUUAUUGGUGUCUCCAGAGAACUACAGACUGAGGAGCGACCAGGCCAUAGGCUGUGUCUGCAGUCACCAUGCUGUGGUUCUCUUGCACCUGGGGGAGAGGCGGAGCCUCCUGAGCGCCAGGAAGCACCUGUUCCCGGUGAGAAGGAUCCGCUGGCAUCCACUGGAGAACGUGCUGAUCGUGGGCUGUGCCGAUGACUCUGCGUACAUCUGGGAGAUUGAAACAGAACUUGUCUUGCAGUUCCUUCUCCUUGGGCAGGUGUUUCCAUUAGUUGAAUCCAACUGGAAGUCGGGGAUGCAGGAUGUUUUGAUAUCAGUGUCACUCGGGGACAAAAGAAGGGCACAGAAGGAGAAAGGAUGGCCGGUCAGCUGGACAGUGGUCAACCUUGUGGUCAUCAGAGACAUGCCAUAUGGACUUUAAGGAAUCAUCUGUAGAGGCUGAUUAUAUUGUUUCCUGUGAAAAAAGUUUGUUUUGUAAUCGCCUUAUCAAAUAAUACGCCUGUGUUUGCAACUCAAUUCACCUGCAGAAUAUUUGUUUCAAUGAGUCUCUUGAUCUUUUCUUUUUAAUUAAUUUUCUUCUUGCCUCCAGGGUUAUCAGUGGAGCU